UUUAUUCUUACCGUACCGUAAUUUUAUUGAUCACUCUUUUGAGUUACCAAGUUUAAACUGUUGAUUAGUCUGAAUCUUAGAAAAUCGAAUUACUAUUACAGUAUUAGGCUUAUUGAGCGUGCCAGAGCGCAGGUGUAAAUUUAAAAAAUGAACCUGGUUGCAGAUUAUGACUCUUCAAGUUCAGGUUCAGACGUUGAUCAAAACAAAAAGAAAUCAACUGAUGUUGAGUUAUUGAGCAAACUAAACAAUGAAAAAACUAAACCACCUGUGCUGUUGCCCCAUAUACAAGAUCAGGAAACAGAAAAAAGAGCAAAUGAAACGAAUACUAAUUGUAUUAAACUUCCAUCAGCAAAAUCUGUCAUGAAGCGAAGGGUAUCUUCUGAAUCAUCAGUUCUUGCUACAGAAUACAAAAGAGAACAAGAUGAUAAAAACAAAAUUUUAGAGCAACAUGUAAAAAUGGUAACAAACUCGAAAUCAAUUAAUGGCAAGGUCAAUGGCAAAAAGGUCUGUUGGAUGUAUAGAAGAGGUCGUUGUAGACUUGGAAAGAAAUGUAAAAUGUAUCAUGACAGUGAACUACGCAAAACUGAAGCAGUUGAAAAACCUCCCACAAACAACAUUUCUGAAAUCCCCCGAAACUCUCCUCAAAAGCGAUCAUAUGAAGAAGUAUCACCAGCCGUUAUUGAUGAUGAUGAGAUUCAGCCAAAAACUAAAAUUCAUAAGAAGAAAUUUGGACUAAGUGAUGAUAUUGUUCCCCCCAAAAAAGUUAUUGAACAUUUGGAACGAGUUGGUAAAACCUGCCACUGAUAUUGACUUAUUAUUGCAAUUAUGUAUCGUUUUUAACAGCAUGCCAUUAUCUUCCAAGUUCAGGGUUUUUAUUAUUAAUCAAGAUUUUAUAGAAUAUCCUUUGUACUAGAGCUAAUAAGUUGACUGUUUGAAUUUUUAAUGUCAGUUGCAUCGAAAUCAUAUUCAUUGACAUUGGAAACUAUGUUUUUAUAGUUUUAAGCUAUGUUUUUAAAUUAAGAAAAUGACAGAGUCAUCUGUAUCUUAUUUUUGGGACAAUUAUCCGCAAUAUAAGCGAGAAUAGCAAUGUUUUUUCAACUAUUAACCAUGUAGUGAAUUCAAGUAAUCGAUUGUGUUAAAAUUAAUAGACUUACCGGUAGUUUUGAGUUGCCAUCUCUUCCAAAUAAAAUAUUAAAAAAUUGGACAUGGCCGAAAAACGCAGUCAAAAUAAAUUCUAAUCUAUUUGGAAAUCAAGGAUUUUAGUGAAGCAAUUUUCUCCAUC